AUGAGAUACAUUCUAAUGGCAGAACCUGAUCACAUAUUUGUAAAUCCUCUGCCGAAUUUGGCUCAUGGAGAUCAUCCAGCUGGGUUCCCAUUUUUUUAUAUAAAACCGGCUGAUCAUGAGAAAAUUAUAAGGAAGUACUACCCCAAGGAGAUGGGUCCUGUGACCAAUGUUGAUCCAAUUGGGAAUUCUCCCGUAAUUAUUAAGAGGUCUAUUCUGGAGAAAAUUGCUCCUACAUGGAUGAAUGUUUCUUUGAGGAUGAAAGAUGAUCCAGAGACUGAUAAGGCUUUUGGUUGGGUGCUGGAAAUGUACGGAUAUGCAGUAGCAUCAGCAUUGCAUGGAGUGCGGCAUACACUUCGUAAAGACUUUAUGCUACAGCCACCAUGGGAUUUGGAAGUUGGAAAGAAGUUCAUCAUCCACUACACUUAUGGGUGUGAUUACAACAUGAAGGGAGAGCUGACAUAUGGAAAGAUUGGGGAGUGGCGUUUUGACAAGAGAUCACAUCUUCGUGGGCCUCCACCCAGGAAUCUCUCAUUACCCCCUCCGGGGGUUCCUGAAAGUGUGGUAUGA